AGCUUCCCUUCUCUCUCUCUCUCUCUCUCUCUCUCUCUCUCUCAAUCGAAAAUGCCCUUUCACCGGCAUUCUUCCCAACAGAAUUCGAUGGCAGAUUGUCGAAGACACAGGCCGCAGUUCUUGAUCAGGACUCGAGCAUGUGUCGAUUGAUUGAGGAGUUGAAGGUUGAGAAAAUGGUUCAUAUGAUGAGAUGAAUCCUGAUUGUGUGGGUUGAUCUCGGCGAGAUCUUGAUUCGGAUUGUUCGAUAUUGAGAGGAGAUCUUGAGACCGUUGGAUCUUGUAAUUUGUUAUGUUGCUAGUUGAAUGUGAAGAUUCUACAUAGCCGGGCUUGCUUGGGCAGCUUAAAAUGGGAACUCCAGUGAACAUUAUUGUGGGUUCUUAUGUGUGGUUUGAAGAUCCGGCAUUAUCUUGGAUUGAUGGGCAAGUUACGCGAAUUGAUGGCGUUAAUGCUGAAAUACAGGUUUCCAAUGGAAAGAAGAUUGUUGCGAAUCUUUCCAAAUUCUACCCAAAGGACAUGGAAGCUCCUGCCGGUGGAGUUGAUGACAUGACCAAGCUCUCUUAUUUGCAUGAGCCUGGAGUCCUACAAAACUUGUCAACUAGAUAUGAACUCAACGAAAUUUAUACCUAUACCGGAAAUAUUCUUAUUGCCAUCAACCCAUUUCAAAGAUUGCCUCAUCUGUAUGAUGCCCACAUGAUGGAACAGUACAAAGGUGCACCAUUUGGUGAGCUAAGCCCACAUGUGUUUGCUGUUGCAGAUGUUGCAUACAGGGCAAUGAUUAAUGAGGGAAAAAGCAACUCCAUUCUUGUGAGUGGUGAAAGCGGAGCUGGUAAAACUGAGACAACCAAAAUGCUUAUGCGAUAUCUUGCCUAUUUGGGUGGGCGUGUUGCAACUGAAGGACGGACAGUUGAACAACAAGUUCUGGAAUCAAAUCCAGUUCUGGAGGCAUUUGGUAAUGCUAAAACUGUAAGAAACAACAAUUCCAGUCGUUUUGGUAAAUUUGUCGAGAUCCAAUUUGAUAAGCAUGGAAGGAUAUCAGGUGCAGCCAUCAGAACCUACCUUCUCGAGAGAUCUCGAGUUUGCCAAAUCUCUGAUCCUGAGCGCAACUACCACUGUUUCUACCUUCUUUGUGCUGCACCACAAGCAGAUAUUGAGAAGUAUAAGUUGGGAAACCCCAAAUCUUUUCACUAUCUUAAUCAAUCAAAUUGCUAUGAUCUUGUCGGUGUGAGUGAUUCCCAUGACUAUCUUGCAACUCGGAGAGCUAUGGAUAUUGUUGGAAUCAGCGAACAUGAACAGGAAGCGAUCUUUAGAGUCAUUGCAGCCAUUCUUCAUAUUGGCAAUAUUGAUUUUGCUAAGGGGAAGGAAAUUGACUCCUCAGUUCUGAAAGAUGACAAAGCUAAAUUCCAUCUCAAGAUGACAGCUGAACUUCUCAUGUGUGAUCCUCGGGCAUUGGAAGAUGCACUGUGUAAACGUGUGAUGAUAACCCCCGAAGAAGUUAUUACUAGAACCCUUGAUCCUCUUGGUGCAACAGUUAGCAGGGAUGGUUUGGCAAAGACAAUAUAUUCCCGCUUGUUUGACUGGAUUGUGGAGAAAAUUAAUGUCUCAAUUGGGCAAGAUCCAAACUCGAAGUCUCUGAUUGGGGUCCUUGACAUCUAUGGUUUUGAAAGUUUCAAGGCAAACAGUUUUGAGCAGUUCUGUAUUAAUUUCACGAAUGAGAAGCUGCAACAACAUUUCAACCAGCAUGUGUUCAAGAUGGAGCAGGAAGAGUACACAAAAGAGGAAAUUGAUUGGAGCUACAUAGAAUUUGUUGAUAACCAAGAUGUCUUGGAUCUUAUUGAAAAGAAACCUGGAGGUAUUAUUGCACUCCUUGAUGAAGCUUGUAUGUUUCCAAAGUCAACACAUGAGACAUUUGCUCAGAAGCUCUAUCAAACAUUCAAAUCUCACAAGCGUUUUAUCAAGCCGAAACUGUCUCGCACUGAUUUUACCAUCUGUCAUUAUGCAGGAGAGGUCUUAUAUCAAUCUGACCAGUUUCUGGACAAGAAUAAAGACUAUGUUGUGGCAGAACAUCAAGACUUGUUGAGUGCCUCCAAGUGUUCUUUUGUAUCAGGUCUUUUCCCUCCACUCCCAGAAGAGACGAGCAAAUCUUCUAAGUUUUCUUCCAUUGGUUCUCGGUUUAAGCUACAACUACAAUCCUUGAUGGAAACAUUGAAUUCAACAGAGCCUCAUUACAUAAGAUGUGUGAAGCCAAACAAUCUCCUGAAACCAGCUAUAUUUGAAAAUGUCAAUAUCAUGCAACAAUUGCGAUGUGGUGGUGUCCUAGAAGCUAUCAGAAUUAGUUGUGCCGGAUACCCUACUCGCCGAAAAUUUUAUGAAUUUCUUCACCGUUUUGGCGUUCUUGCUCCAGAAGUUUUGGAGGGAAACUACGAUGAAAAGGUCGCAUGCAAAAAGAUUUUGGAGAAGAAAAGACUGAAAGGGUUUCAGAUAGGCAAAACGAAGGUUUUCCUGAGAGCUGGUCAGAUGGCUGAAUUAGAUGCACGAAGAGCCGAGGUACUUAACAAUGCGGCUAAAACCAUUCAGGGUCUAAUACGGACACACAUUGCUCGGAAGCAAUUUAUUGCAUUGAGGAAGGCUACUAUCCAUGUGCAAUCUAUAUGGAGAGGAAGAUUGGCUUGUAAAUUUUACCUUCACAUGAGAAGGGAGGCAGCUGCAGUGAAAAUGCAAAAGAAUUUGCGUAGAUACCAAUCUAGGAAGACCUACAAACUGCUACGGUUUUCUGUGCUGGUCUUGCAAAUGGGUUAUAGGGCAAUGGCUGCUCGGAAUGAGUUUAGAUUCAAGAAGCAAACUAAAGCUUCAGCAAUUAUUCAGGCCCAAUGGCGUUGUCACAGAGAUUAUUCAUAUUAUAAGAAGUUGAAGAGGGCAUCUGUUGUUUCUCAAUGUAGAUGGAGGGGAAGGAUUGCAAGGAGAGAACUUAGAAAGCUCAAAAUGGCUGCAAGAGAAACAGGUGCACUUAAAGAAGCAAAGGAUAAGCUUGAAAAACAGGUGGAAGAACUCACAUGGCGCUUGCAGCUUGAGAAACGGUUAAGGACUGAUCUGGAGGAAUCAAAAGGACAAGAGAUAAUCAAAUUACAGAACUCUCUCCAAGCUAUGCAAGAUGAGACAAAUGCAUUGCUUGUCAAGGAACGAGAGGCUGCACGGAAGGCUAUUGAAGAAGCACCUCCCAUUAUCCAAGAAAAGCCAGUUAUUGUCCAAGAUACUGAAAAGACCAAUGCCCUAACCGCAAAGGUGGAACACUUGGAGGCCUUGUUGCAAUCAGAAAAAGAAAGAGCCGAUGAUUCUGAUAGGAAAUUGGCUGAAUCACAACAAGUUAGCGAAGAAAGACGAACAAAGUUAGAAGAAAUGGAAGGAAAAGUGAAUCAACUUCAGGAGUCUUUGAGCAGGCUUGAAGAGAAGCUUACGAACUUAGAGUCAGAAAAUCAAGUCAUUCGCCAGCAGUCUCUAUCCAUGGCACCCAAUCCCAAGUUUCUCUCGGGACGCUCUAAAUCGAACAUUCAUAGUCAGAGCGGUCAUGUUAUUAGUGUCGAUACAAAGAUGGCAGCAGAUUCACAAAGUGCUGCAAUGACACCAAGAGAACUUUCUGAAGUAGAGGAGAAACCACAGAAAUCACUCAAUGAGAAACAGCAGGAGAAUCAAGACUUACUAAUUAGGUGUAUUUCACAACACCUCGGCUUCUCAGGCAAGAGACCGAUUGCUGCUUGUGUUAUUUACAAGUGCCUUCUCCAAUGGAGAUCAUUUGAAGUAGAGCGCACCAGUGUCUUUGACCGGAUUAUUCAGACGAUUGGUCAUGCUAUCGAGACCCAGGAGAACAAUGACAUCUUAGCCUAUUGGCUGUCGAAUGCAUCCACUUUGCUGUUGCUACUCCAACGCACACUAAAAGCAAGCGGGGCAGCUGGCAUGGCUCCACAACGCCGUCGAUCAUCAUCAGCAACACUAUUUGGGAGGAUGACUCAAAGUUUCCGUGGAGCCCCUCAAGGUGUCGACCUUUCUUUCAUGAAUGGUGGAUUGGUUGGUGGAAUGGAUACCUUGCUCCAAGUUGAAGCCAAAUACCCUGCUUUACUGUUUAAACAACAGCUAACUGCAUAUGUAGAAAAGAUAUAUGGAAUGAUCCGGGACAAUCUCAAGAAAGAGAUUUCUCCUUUGCUUGGGUUGUGUAUCCAGGCACCGAGAACAUCUAGAGCAAGUUUGGUGAAGGGUUCUCGUUCAGUUGCAAAUGCCGCAGCUCAACAAGCACUGAUUGCUCACUGGCAAGGGAUCGUGAAGAGCCUAGGACUUUUCUUGGAUACAUUGAAAGCAAAUUAUGUGCCCCCAUUUUUGGUUCGUAAGAUUUUCACACAGAUAUUUUCCUUCAUCAAUGUACAGCUAUUCAACAGUCUUCUAUUGAGGCGAGAGUGUUGCUCGUUUAGUAAUGGUGAAUACGUCAAAUCAGGAUUGGCUGAACUAGAACAUUGGUGCUAUAAUGCAACGGAUGAGUAUGCGGGGUCAGCUUGGGAUGAGCUCAAGCAUAUCAGACAGGCUAUAGGAUUCCUGGUCAUACAUCAAAAGCCAAAGAAGACGUUGGAUGAAAUAAGCCACGACCUUUGUCCUGUGCUCAGUAUACAACAGCUGUAUCGGAUCAGUACAAUGUACUGGGAUGACAAGUACGGCACACAUAGUGUGUCCUCGGAUGUUAUAUCAAGCAUGAGGGUAUUGAUGACUGAAGACUCAAACAACGCCGUGAGCAAUUCUUUCCUGUUGGAUGAUGACUCGAGCAUACCAUUUUCGGUUGAUGACAUAUCAAAGUCAAUGGAGAAGAUUGACAUUGCUGACAUUGACCCACCACCACUCAUUCGUGAGAACUCGGGCUUUGUGUUCUUACUGCCACGUGCUGAUUAACUCAUUUUCCCAAUGCCCUUGCGGAUUUCCUCUCUCUUAGUGGCAUAUGUUUUUGAUUACCUGUUAGAAUCGAUUUUAGGGUCCCCACUCACUUUUGACUUUUGAUAACCUUACAAAGUUGCUCGUCUUUUUCACCUUGGAUUAAGGUUGUUCCUUGGCUUCCCCUGGCAACAUCUUUUCUGGUGCCUCCAAUGGGAAUGCCCCACCAAGUGAGAUAACUUCAAUUGCAGGAUCGACCUUCUCCCAUCCCCUUUGUAUAAUUCAUUGUUUUGGUGAUGGGAUUUUGAAGAUAAGACAUCCUCUGUGAGCUCCAACAUCAAAGCAAAAUGUUGCAGCCGUUUUUU